AUGCUUAACCGGGCCCGAUGGUUGAUGGUUGCUGUGGCAGCGUUACUAACGCUGCAAUCGAAAGGAGACGGUGGAUUCAGAUUACCUGAUCAACCACCUAAAGAAGAAACAGAGGGAAGGUCGGUGAACUUUGGAGGUGACCGUGGAAGAUCGCCUGAAGCCCAAGGUCGUGGUCUGCUAGAUUGGAUAGGUUUAGGAGAAGACCAGGAUCCCUACAUUCAACAAUCGACUCAACAGUGCCUCAAUGGAGAUCUAGCCGAUUGUUUCAAGGCUCAAGCUUUAAGAAGUUUCGAUGAUUUUUUUGACAAACAAGCUUACCAUUUAUCAGAUAACGCAGUACUGAUUAAGGUAGAAUCUCAAGCCAGAGCGUUAGCCAGAGAACCUCCUCAGUUAAGUUCCCAGCCAAGAAGCGAAGACUCUGAUUGGGAUGCCCUUGUCAAAUAUGGAAUGAGAAAAAUUGAAAGAUUUUUGAGGUCUACUGCUCUGGAGUUCCAGUUAGAUGAUGAGGUGACAUCUAAUGGGGUCAUCGCUCCAAGGUUUUUAGACGAAAUUGCUGACGAAGUUGACAUUAUUGAAGAUAAGAAAGCGCCUCCUUUCCGCCGCCAUAAGCUGAAGAAACUCAUAAUUCCUAUGCUGCUGAUCCUGAAGCUUUUCAAACUUAAAUUACUUUUGUUCCUACCUCUCAUCCUCGGCCUCGCUAGCUUCAAGAAAUUCUUAGGAUUCAUGGCUCUCAUCAUUCCAGGUGUCAUCGGUUACUUCAAAUUCUGCAAACCCAAUCUAUCAUCUCCAUUCUCGUCAAGUCAUUACACUGGACCGCAAUACUCUCCGGCUGGCAUUGGCUUAAGCCCGUACAGGGAAGGGCAUGGACCGGCAACUUAUGGACAUUAUGAAAAUUAUGCUGGCAACCAUUACAACAAGUAUGGCUCCAAUGGUAUAGCCUUCAGGGAACAUGAUGUCAGUCCUCAAGACUUAGCUUACCAAGGCUGGGAGUUCAGAAAUAAGAAAGGCGCUGAAGAUAUAAAAGCUGAAGAAGCUUAAGACUGAUUUAAUUUCAAUAAUAUGUAAACAACAUCAUACAACUCAAUUUUAAACAAAAAUAAACCGAUCUGUUAUUCAGUCAAGAAAAAUUUGUUGUAAAGAACAGUUAUAGGUUCGAAAUAAAAUUCACACUGAAAAAUCAUGACAAAACUAGUCAGAAUAAAUUUAGACAUGCUUAUGAAGGCUAUUUGUAACGAAUGAAGUUAUUAAUGAUGAAUGAAGUUAUUUACUGAUAUUUAAUACAAACUUUAAAACAAGUGGUUGUAAUAAGAUACUACAAAAACUUACAAUAAACUUACGUUGAAAUUUUUAUUUACUACUAUCGGAAAAGAUAAUUGAUUUUGUAUAUUUUUUUUUAAUUUACCAAAUGUAUAUAACAGCGUAAUGUGG